AUGACGUCCAGCAACCUCGACGAUGAGAGCAUUGUCAAUUUGACCUAUUACGUAAUGGUGUUGGUUCUCGGUAUCCCAGGGAAUGCCGUCAUCAUCCAAGCCUACGCAUGGAAGAAACGGAAGACGAGCACGGAUAUCCUCAUCAUAUCGCAAGCGAUAGUCGACUUGACCUCUUGUAUUUUCUCACCUGCUCUGAUUGUAAGGCAGGCAUUUCGAGAACACAUUACAAUGGGUCUCUGCCGGCUGACAGCCCUUCAAGGAGAUGCCACAGCCUUCGCGUCUCUCUUCUUAACGACAUCAAUCGGCAUUGACCGCUAUAUGGCUGUCUGUCGUCCAUUACGACGGCGAUCGACGGUGAAGAUGUCAAUUCUAUUAGUAGCGAUGUCGGUUGUCGCCGCGAUCGGUUUCAAUAUUCCUUUUACAAUUUUCGUUAAAAGCGUUCAAACGUGGAACGGUCGAACAUGUAUAUUGUCGACAUCCUAUGAAGUCUCACUGAUCUUCACUGCGAUUCGAAUGACCUUAUUUAUCAUAUCCUUUAUAGCAACUACUACUCUUUACGGACUUAUUUACACCUUCAUUCGAGAGAAAGCAACUAUCCAUGCUGGCCUGGUUGGCAAUGAGAUCCCAGAAGCCAACGGCACAACAAAUGACGGAGGGGUUUCGUUUGAAAGAAGCUUGAAGCUUGAUAGCGAUAUUUAUGAUUCAAGCAACACCAUCAAUAAGAAGAGUGAAUCUAAACUUUCCCAGGCUGCAUCGACAAAUCUGCCUUCUACAUCGACACAUCUGAAUAUUGCUUCUCCGAUGAAGCCAUUGAAUAAACAUCAUGGCAAUAUCAAGACACCUGAUUCCAGCAAGCAUCCUAAAGGUUGUGAGUCAUCGUCUGCAUCAAGAAUUGCUGAAGAUGUUUCAACGAAACAGCUCAAGCAUCGACCUAUGAAGAGAAAAAACGAAUACGAUUUCGGACGGAAAAUAACGCGCAUGCUUCUUAUAAUAACCAUAUUCUUCUUCUUUACAUGGGCACCACACCUGAUCAUCCACGCGAUCCCGAUCCCGAUGGUCCACCGGUACAGUGACGUCCCCGGAAUGCGCGCCUUUAUUCAAAUUAUGUUCAGUCUCAGACUGACCAAUCACGUCGUUAAUUUCUUCGUUUAUUAUUACGUCAGCAAGGGGUUCAGGAGAGAUGUUAAAGAAUCAUUUAAAAAGUGCAAAUGUGGGUAUCUAUGUAAAUAG